UUGUUCUUUCAUCCAGCUGUUAUUCAAAGACACCACACUACGAAUCAUCGCCAUGGCCUCAUCCUCCACCACCCUUCCCAACGCUCCUGGUACCCCCGAUGCCAUCCGCAGAGCUCGGAUACUCUCCUCCAAGCUCUACUUCGAUGUGCCUCCCUCCAAGGUUUCGUUGAUCUAUUCGCCCUCUUAUGACAUCGCGUUCCUUGGAAUCGAGAAAUUGCACCCUUUUGAUUCAUCUAAAUGGGGGCGAAUAUGCCAGUUUCUGAUUUCAGAAGGAGUUUUGGAGAAGUCUCAAAUUGUAGAGCCAUUAGAAGCUUUACAAGACGACCUACUGGUGGUGCACCCUGAAUCAUACUUGAGCAGUCUUAAAAGCAGUUUGAAGGUCUCCCUUAUCAUUGAGGUACCACCUGUUGCGGCCCUUCCCAACUGCCUUCUACAGAGAAAGGUGCUUUACCCAUUUCGCAAACAGGUGGGAGGUUCUAUAUUGGCAGCAAAACUUGCAAAAGAGCGAGGUUGGGCAAUAAAUGUUGGCGGAGGAUUCCACCAUUGUUCUGCAAAUGAGGGUGGUGGGUUUUGUGUUUAUGCUGAUAUUUCUUUAUGCAUUCAAUAUGCAUAUGUCCGGUUAAACAUUUCAAGGGCAAUGAUUAUUGAUCUUGAUGCUCACCAAGGGAAUGGCCAUGAAAGAGACUUCUCUGAUGACAGGAGAAUCUAUAUCAUGGACAUGUACAACUCUGGAAUCUAUCCUCUUGACUUUGAGGCAAGCAGAUAUAUCGACCAGAAGGUAGAAUUAGUGAGUGGAACAAAAACAAAGGACUACUUGGAUCAGUUAGACAAGUCACUUGAGGUUGCAAGAAACAGUUUUGAUCCUGAAUUGAUUGUGUAUAAUGCUGGCACCGAUAUACUUGACGGAGAUCCUUUGGGAAGGUUAAAGAUCAGUCCUGAAGGAGUAACUGCAAGAGAUGAAAAAGUGUUCAGAUUUGCCAAAGAACAGAAUAUACCAAUUAUCAUGCUUACAUCUGGUGGCUAUAUGAAGUCAAGUGCUCGAGUCAUAGCGGAUUCAAUAACAAACCUGGCAAAGAAAAACUUGAUUGAAAUACCAAGCAAAUUGAGCAGAAAAUAAAAUCUAUUUGGUAUGCUUGUUCAUAUUGUACAUUUUUUAAUACAGGGAAUGUAAUUGAGCAUGUUUUAGAAUGUUUUACUAUGUUUGUACAUAUAUUCUACAUAUUUGUACGUUUUUUAAUACAGGGAAUGUUAUUGA